AACCUCGAGCUAUAAACGUAGUGUUCUCCAGCCUUCAUUCAACAUGAACAAGAUCAUCGUUUACACACGUGAAGGAUUCUCCGGCAGAAGCGUUGAAUUCACAGGCAAUGUGCUGAACUUGGUAGAGAAAGGCUUGAACGACAGCAUCUCAUCUUUGAAAGUCAUCGGCGCACCAUGGGUCGCAUAUCACGAUAUCAAUUAUGACGGAAAUCAACGGGUGUUUGAGGAAGGAGAGUACCCUACCCUUGUGGACAAAGGGAAAUUUUCUUCUCUCAGAAUAAUCACAGAAGACCUGAGGAACCCUGAAAUCCAGCUGUUUCAGCACAAAAAUUAUGCAGGAGGAGAUGUAGUUCUGAACCAGGAGACAAAUCUUCAUCAUAUUGAUUUUGGUGACACAGCUACAUCCCAUAAAGUGAAGAGUGGUGUUUGGGUUCUGUACGAGCAUACCAAUCGUGAGGGGAGGCAGCUUGUUUCCUUCCCGGGGCAAGAAGUUCCCAAUUAUGUUGCGAUCGGCUUUAAUGAUGUGAUCAGCCAUGUUCGUCCCCUGCUGUCAAAAGCUUGAUAAUCCUCAUUCACAACACUCUUGUAGCAGCUGAAUGUAAACAAAACCCUUUUGUUAAGCAUCAGGCAGGUGAGGGGAAUGACUUGAUCUGAAGAAAAUCCACAAUGAGUGACAAAGAAAACAAAGACUGCAACUUAAAAACAACCGUCUGAAGACACACAAUUUGUUAAAUGAAAAAAGUGCACUGUGUGCUUCUGUUGCUGUUUGUUUUAAGGUGAAGUGAUCAACAUCAGUAAAAGUGUGCAGUAAAAUACAACUUAUGAGUCAUUUUUGUAAUAAUCACCGAUCAUACUGUUAUUUCCCUUGUUUGUAUAGAAAAUACAUUUAUGCUGCAGAAGUAACCGUGUCUUUGCAAGAGUUUCCUCAAGAAAUAAAGACACCUUAAAUCUGA